CAAACACGAGAGGAGGCAGAAGAAGAAGCAGCAGAAGCAGCAGAAGAAGCAGAAGUAGAAGCAGAAGAAGCAGAAGCAGAAGCAGCAGCGAUUUUCGAAGAGAAGCCGGUAUUCCAGUCGUGACGCGCUAGGAUGAAGACCUCCUCCCUUCUCUCUCCUCCUCCCUCCCCUCCCCGUGCCCCCCUCCCCCUUGCACCCUCCUCUUCUUUAAGUGGCCAUCCAGAACUCGACCUGUCGGUCACACUCAGCCCCGCUGCCAAGACGGGCCGCUCCCAGAUGAAGCCCGGUCAGGGACAGACACGAAACACGAGGGACCGACAGGUGUAUUUUGAAGAGCCGGUGGUCGUCACGGUUGCACCGGAGCCUCACGUCACGCUGAGCAGAGAUAAAUCACAUCAGCAGCCAUGCAGAGGUCAGCGGAGGAGGAGAGGAUAUCACCAUGACCCCAGACCGUCAGAGGAGCCUCCUGCUGCAGCAUCAGAUCAAGAUCCAGUCUGUCUAGAGAGGGCGGAGUUAAACACCACUCUGGCCCUGAAGGCGGAGCUCCAGUCACAGCAGGGUGUGGAGUUUAAUUACCAAAGGGCCAUUCAGGAGACUCUCCGUAGGUCAGAGAGGACCAAGAACCUGAUCAACACAAGAGCUACAGAAGUAGUGAAUGUCUCUCGCUCUCGGCUUCUCUUCACCUCACUGGUCAGUGUCAACGUGCAGAAGGAUCAGUUGAUCAGCCAGGUGCUUCAGGAUAGGCUGGCCACGUGUCCCCUCGGCCACGACAACAAAGCAUCGGAUGGCCCCUCUCUUCUCCUCUUCAUGUCCUCUGACCUGCUCAGACAGAAGCCCCUCCCACCAGCAGGGGAGCCUGUGAAUUACAAGCCCCACCCAUCGUCACGACCCGCCCACUCGACCUUUGACCUCUGCAGAAGACGGAGACAAUGGGAAGCCUUGCUGUAACGUAUACUAAGGAGAGCUCUGAUUAGCUGGAGGUAUUGAAGUUCUUAUCAGACUGUGUGAUGUCAUUCUAUAAUAAUAAUUUUUUAUUAAAUCAGUUUUUUAAUUAUUUAAAUCUGUUUUGAAAGGACACUAAAAUUUUGUUUGGUGCAAUAAAGUCUUUCCUAACACACUCA